AUGUUGGCAAGACGGCUUUGUUUGGCUACUAACAAGGUAAAUUUAUGUGUAACUGUGCCCAACAUAUAUUUUUAAAACAUAUUUUCGUUUUUUAUAUUGUUUUUGACGGAAGGAAAUCAUAAAAUGUCAUUAUACAACGUCAGAACGUAUAUUACAUUGACUUUUUUGAGCAAAAUACUUUAAAAUCAAAAUUUAGGUAGCAACUAGCGUUCGUACUUUAUCUUUACAUGAACAUUAUGGCCAUGAACUACUCAGAAAGACCGGAAUCAAUGUGCCCGACUUUGGGGUAGCCACCACUCCAGAUGAAGCAUAUGCCGUCGCUCAGAAGAUUGGUAAGUUGUUCCUUAUUAUCAGUGAAAAAAAAGCUUUGUACUUUUACAAUUUGUAAAAUUUUUAAAAAAUUUAUUUACUCAAUGUCUUAUUAUGUUUUUUAUUGCUAAAACAUUUUAGGUGGUACUGACUUGGUACUAAAAGCCCAAGUAUUGGCUGGAGGACGCGGAAAAGGCCAUUUUGAUUCAGGAUUACAAGGUGGUGUUCAUCUACUAGAAUCGUACGUAUAAUUUAAUAUAAUUGUUAGUUUAUAUACCUCUUAGGCCCGAAGAAGUAAAAGAAAAAGCGUCUCAAAUGCUCCAUCAUCACCUAAUUACCAAACAAACUGGAGCUCAAGGAAGAAUUUGUGAAAAGGUCAUGGUGGCCAAGAGAUUGUUUCUGAAAAAAGAAUAUUACUUUAGCAUCGCGUUGGACCGUCAAAGCAAUGUAAGUUUCAAUAAUUUUCCGUAAAGGUGAUUUAUUAUAAAAAAAUAGAAAAAGUUUGGGCUCAGCCGGUGAUCGAAACCGGGGCCUCUCGCACCCAAAGCGAGAAUCAUACCACUAGACCACUGAGCCGCGAUAUCCUUUCUUUUCGUCGCUGAUAUCUUCUGAAGCUAUUUUUAACAUCCAAAAGGAUUCAGCGUGAAGCACAAAAACCAUCUGCGCAAAUAAAAAGUAAUUCUUAACAAAUCCCUUUAGGGUAUAUCCGACGCUGCUUAAAGAUUGUCGCGGCUCAGUGGUCUAGUGGUAUGAUUCUCGCUUUGGGUGCGAGAGGCCCCGGUUUCGAUCACCGGCUGAGCUCAAACCUUUUUUAUUUUUGAACUAAAGUAAAGUCAAAAUAGUAAAACCAACCUUAUAAAAAGUAAUAUAUUAUGGUUUCUUUAGAGUCCCAUUCUGAUUGGCUCGAGUCAAGGUGGAAUGAACAUUGAAGAAGUUGCCGCCACGAAUCCUAGUGCCAUUAUUAAACAGCCAAUCAACAUUGAACAAGGAGUAACCGAUGCCAUAGCCGACGACGUGGCCAAGAAGAUGGGAUUCAAGGAGAAGACCCGCCCUCAAGCAAUUCAAACCAUCAAGAAGUUGUACGAUGUAUUCUUAAAGUCGGAUUGCGGUUUGUUGGAGAUCAAUCCAAUGGGAGUUGAUGUAGAUGGCAAUGUGGUAUGUGUAGAUUGUAAAGUCAACUUGGAUUCGAAUGCGGACUUCAGACAGAAGGAGUUGUAUGCUUUGAGAGAUGAGAAACAGGAAGAUCCACUGGAAGUCAGAGCACACAAAGCCAACCUAAACUACAUCAAGUUGGACGGCAACAUUGGUUGCAUGGGUAAGAUAACACAAUGAUAAUAUUGACUAAAAACGUUAAUGGAAUCUCAAAAGAUUGACUUAGGUUGCUAGAAAAACAUUUGAUAGAUUAUGCUACAGCAAGACUCAUGGUUUAUAUCAGUAUUUUCACGUAAAUCUAUCAAUUUUUCAGUGAACGGAGCCGGUUUAGCCAUGGCAACCAUGGACAUUAUUAAGUUACAUGGUGGAGAACCGGCCAACUUUCUGGAUGUUGGAGGUGGAGCUACGGUAGAACAAGUUACUGAAGCCUUCAAAAUCAUCACCGCGGAUUCGGCACAAGUUGACGCGAUUUUGGUUAACAUCUUUGGAGGUAUCAUGAGAUGUGAUGUUAUUGCUCAAGGAAUCAUCCAAGCUACGCAACAGUUGGAUUUGAAAAUCCCUAUCGUCGUCAGAUUGCAGGGUAAGAUAACAUUGUAGCUUAAAUCUAAUAAAACUUUUUACUACUUACAUCAUAAACGGUGAUAACCACUAAUAUCUCAUUUUAGGUACCAAAGUCAGCGAUGCCAAAGCUCUGAUUGCCAAUUCAAAACUCAGAAUCCUGGCGUGCGAUUCCUUGGACGAAGCCGCGAAAAUGGUUGUGAAACUGUCCAGCAUCGUCGAAUUGGCCAAAGAAGCUUCGGUUCAGGUCGACUUCCAGCUUUCUAUCUAG